CUCGCAUCCCUCUCUCUGCAUUUCUGUAGCCUCUCUCUCUGUCUCUCUCCAAACUGCCAAAGUGCUUCUCUGCCUUCAGCACUCUAUAAAGACUGCAGGGGCUCCUCUCAAACUUUACUGAAAAAAGAAAGUUUGACGAUAUUCGCUUUUUUUUUUUACCUUUAACUUUCUGACUUUGCCGUCUGAGUGCUCGCACUCAUCACUCUGCGCUCUCUCAUUCAGUGUGUCCUGACAACUUUCCUCCUCACUCUGACAGAAGAGUGAGCAAGAAGAAACCGGAGCACGUGACAGUUUCCGGAGUUCAAUUUAUUUAUUAAUUUUCUAUUUAUUUAUUUAUUUGCCUCCGUUUUUCUGCUGGUUUGCCUAUCUCUUGGAUCCGAACCAAUAUGAAAUUGCUGCUCGACUCCUCCUCAUCUCUCCUCUUCUCGCUGCUAUUGGCUCAGCUGCCCGUGUUCACGUCUGCCUCUCCGGUGCCACAGCGGCGACCCAGUGACUUGGAUAAACUGUCCAAUCAGACCAAAAAUCUAAUGAAACUCACCACAGAACUGCUGAAGGAGCAUGCAUUUGACUCAGAAGUGGAGCCCCACAGGUUCAAGUCUCUGCCAGAAAUGAGCAACAGAUCAGCCCAUGACCUCAACAAUCUUGAGCUGAAGCCCACGCUCUCACAGCUUCAUUCCGACCUGAAGCUGUACGAGCACCACUUUGAGUGGCUCAACAGAGUGUCGAAGAAGCACCACCACCCUGCAGUGCCCAAGCUGGUGGAGAUGAUCAGAGAGAUGAAAUCUCUCAUCACUCUGCUGCACCGUCAGAUGCUGAGAGUUGAAGCACCAAGGCUCAGUCCGGCGACCCCCUCCCUCCCCCCUCACCUCCCCUAUCAGUUUGAUGUCCUGCAGUCCACCAAUGAGCUUCUUCAGCACUUCAAGCUCUUCUGUGACUGGGCGUACAGAGCCUUCCUCAGCCUUAAGCCCAAGGUCACUGCAGUCCAAUGAUGAUACAGAAAGUAAAAGGGGGCUGCAGAGCCAGUGAGAAUACAUGGACUUCCGUCCCCAUCAAAAGGGAAACAAGACCAUGUCAGUGUGCACUGUAGUUGACAGCAUCCCUAAAGAGGCCCAAAUAUCAACCUGUGUGUCAGCAUGUGUGUUGAGGAAUGUGUCUUUCCAUCAGAGCCAUUGAGGAUGCACCACAAUGCAGCCAGUUACAACCAUCGAUUCCAGCUCAAGUUCCAGUUUAACUCCAAUGAUUAUGUCAAGAAACCGUCAUGUCAUGACCGUGUUAUUUAUGUAUUUAUUUAUUUAUUGAAUGUUAGUUAUUUAUUUAAUUUUUAUUUAUUUAUCUUAUUUCUGUACUAACGUGAACUCAUUUGCCCACAUUUCUGUAAUCUUUCCCUUUCUCUUGUGUCUCACUGAACCCAAAAACAAAAACAAAAAACAAAAAACAAACACUGUAGCACUUCCUGAACUGAUAGCUCUGAUAAUGACAUUUGUAUAAAUCAGCUUAAUUUACUUUUACAUUUUUAUUUUUCUUCAGAUGAUAAUUCUUCCAGUAGAUGUAGCAUGCAUUUGGGGCAGCCUAGGCCUUCACUAUUCCUUAUUUAUAGGGCCCUUAAAGUAUACGUUUCAAAAGCUCAUAAUGUCAUCUCCAGCCAUGGUAAAAUAUUCCACAUGACACAUUAAUUUAUCAAUUCCUUAUCAAAUUCAUUUUACUUUAUUUCUUCCACGUUAGGAUGGUAUUUGAAGAAAAGCGAAUUCUUUCUUUUGUACCACAGUCACAUUUGUGUUUUCAGUGCCUGCUUCCCUUGUGUUCUGCACGUGGAGGCGUAGUUAACAUUGUGGUAAAGUCAUAUGAAUGUGCCCUGUUGCUAAGCACUGAUGAUUCUGAUUAGAUUCUUUGCACAAACUUGUCGGGAUUGGCCCUUCCUAAGAGUGGGAUGGCUGAUUUUGAACCUGUGCUUUGGUGUAGAAAAGUUUGGGGAUUUUUUUGUUUUUGUUUUUAGUUAAACACCCAAAGCCUUAAAAUACUAUGUAUUGUGACACUAUGUUCUGUACAGGUGUACAUAAAUGUACAAGAAUGUAAAUGUUGUAUACAGUGCUUUUGUGUAUUAUGUCGUUUUCUACAACAUACUGUAGAUGACCAAUUUUAUCACUAUAAUUUUCAUUCAUUCCUAUUCUAGUAUUUGUUACAGUAUUGACUAUUUAUUUAAGUAACUUGGUGGAACUAUUUAUUUUGUGCUGCAGUGGAGCAAGUCUCCUGUCCUUUUGUACUUUUAUACAGUUUUUAUUCUUAUUCGCUAUUAUUAUACCAUCACGUUUAAAUUAUUGUUGUAACAUCAAAAUGCCUCUUACACACACUAAUUGGCCUCAAUGUGAAAUAUGUGCCUUGGUGAAAUAAAAACUUCAGAAUGUG